AGUAGCAAAUUUGGGGAAAAAAAUCCAAAAAAAAAAAAAGAUAAUUUUUGGCAGCAAAAGGAGCAAAAAUCUAAGAAAACCAUGGCACCCUUUUUGGGUAGGAAUGGGACACGUGUCACUAACCCAACAUCUCAAUUCAGUCUCUCCAACUCCACACUCUCGUCUUCUCACUUCAUUUCUUUCACUUUCCGUCGCUCUUUCUCUCCACCCAAACGCCAAAGCACUCCCUUUCUUCUUUAAUCACUCGCUUUUGUUACUUAUUUUUCUUCAUAAAUAAAACAAACCAACAAAAAAGGGUGAAAUAAACAUGGCGGAGAUACAGCAAUCAGACGGCCAGAUAAACGGCGUCGGAGUACCCCUCGCGGUGGCUUCAUCUGAGACCGUUGGAUCGAAACGCCAGAGACGACCCAGCGUUCGAUUAGGCGAAAUCGGCGGAGACCAACCUUAUGAUUCUCAUAUCCGAAGACCCUCCUCCUCUUGCGCCUCCGCAGCCGCCGCCAAGCAAUGGAAACACCAACCCCACCUUUCCUUGAAUCUCUCAGUCGCUGGUGUGAGUACUAAGUCGUCCAAGACUCGCGCUCUAACCAACCUCAGCACUGACUUCAACGCCGACAACGAAACCCUCGAUGAAGAAAGAGAAGCUAACAACAAUAACAACAAUUUAGAUGGCGUCGCAAUUGGUAGCUGGAGAGUCAAAGAUUUCAAGAAACGGGGCUCCGCCACGAAACGGGUCCGAUCCAAUUGGGUCUCCAAAAUCGACGAUUCCAGCGGUGGAAACAUCAACAUCAACGGCAACAAUAAUAACGCUAACAACAGUAAUGCGGAAGCAGACGACAAAUACAGUGGCGGUGAAGAUAACGAUGAUUUCGACAUGGAGACCUCCGAAAGUCCUUUGAAAGAACCGAGUCCGAUUCAUUCUUUGGACAAUUUGGGUGUCGAUGGCAACGAAAGGGAAGUUCUUUAUCAUGGGAAUAAUCAAAGGAGGCCAAUCAGGACAAGGGUUUCGGAUGGGGUUGAGUUAUCUGGGCCGUCAGAUACCGACAUGAGGCGGUGUGAGGAAGAUGGGGUUAGCAUUUGGUUGAAUAGUUUAGGGCUAGGACGAUACGCCCCCGUUUUCAAGAUCCAUGAAGUGGAUGAUGAGAUUUUGCCUUUGUUAACACUGGAAGAUUUGAAGGAUAUGGGAAUAAAUGCCGUUGGCUCUAGAAGAAAAUUGUUUUGCGCCAUUCAGAAGCUUGGUAAAGGCUUUUCUUGACAUUUUUAAUAGGGCUUUCCAAUGGAGAAUUUCAUGAGCCAUGGCAAUAUAAGUGCCUGAGCCUUAUUAGCUUUGUCAUGGUUACCUUAAGGAGAAUCAGUAGGGUUUUUCACUUUUUUGUUAGUGUUAUAUGAAUUUUAAUCUGGUGCAAAUUUUUUGCUGUGCAUUGUGCUUAUGGUGCUUUUAUUAAUGGUAGUGCUAACUAAUGUUGAGAAGUGUAAUGGAAAACAAUGAGAGAAUAUUAGCUUUUCUUUUGGUUAAACGAAAGUGCUUGACAAAAUAAGGCAAUUUUGAUCAUAUUCUUAUGGUUUUCCCAUUCUUCUUGAUUAUGAAAUGGAAUGUAUCUUUACAAUUACAUAUUAGACAAGUGCUUUUUGUAUGGUAAUUAUGGUGGUGUAUGAAGCAAUCACUCAAGAUAUGUUUCUUUACUCUGGUUGUUGAAGAUUCUGUAUUUAAGUUGUUUCCUCUUGAAACUGUUCAUUUUGAAUUUACUAUAGACUAGCUUUAGAUAUUUGCAAUCCAUCUGUAAAUUUUAUGAUCCAUGGGAAUAUAUGUAUUCACAUGUCUAUGUACUUUAGCCUAGUCAUCUAGAACUCCCCUCUCACCAUGCAAUUUGUGUUUUAGGAUCAAUAAUGAUGUUUGAGUUUCUCUUUGUUUACCUUGUUUUAUCAAUGGUUAUAUAAAUCUUAGAUGGCAAGUACAUAAUUCACCUCACUCAGGCAUGCAUAUGCAUUCCCUUUGUUUGAGCAUUCCUGAAGGGUUAGGCUUUUAUCAAGCAGUAUCUUGUGUUGAAUAUGCGUAACACAUCCUAACUU